AUGGCAAUUUAUUCAUUAAGCGAAAAAGAAUCUGAACUGGCCAAACAGAAACCACAGUUAGGUUUGCACCUCACUCCCCAACUCCCUCAACCUCCUACCACCAACCAAGUGAGCCAGGGGAAGCCAGUGGCCAAACAGAAACCACAGUUAGGUUUGCACCUCACUCCCCAACUCCCUCAACCUCCUACCACCAACCAAGUGAGCCAGGGGAAGCCAGUGGCCAAACAGAAACCACAGUUAGGUUUGCACCUCACUCCCCAACUCCCUCAACCUCCUACCACCAACCAAGUGAGCCAGGGGAAGCCAGUGGCCAAACAGAAACCACAGUUAGGUUUGCACCUCACUCCCCAACUCCCUCAACCUCCUACCACCAACCAAGUGAGCCAGGGGAAGCCAGUGGCCAAACAGAAACCACAGUUAGGUUUGCACCUCACUCCCCAACUCCCUCAACCUCCUACCACCAACCAAGUGAGCCAAGGGAAGCCAGUGGCCAAACAGAAACCACAGUUAGGUUUGCACCUCACUACCCAACUCCCUCAACCUCCUACCACCAACCACGUGAGCCAGGGGAAGCCAGUGGCCAAACAGAAACCACAGUUAGGUUUGCACCUCACUCCCCAACUCCCUCAACCUCCUACCACCAACCAUGUGAGCCAGGGGGAGCCAGUGGCCAAACAGAAACCACAGUUAGGUUUGCACCUCACUCCCCAACACCCUCAACCUCCUACCACCAACCAAGUGAGCCAGGGGAAGCCAGUGGCCAAACAGAAACCACAGUUAGGUUUGCACCUCACUCCCCAACUCCCUCAACCUCCUACCACCAACCAAGUGAGCCAGGGGAAGCCAGUGGCCAAACAGAAACCACAGUUAGGUUUGCACCUCACUCCCCAACUCCCUCAACCUCCUACCACCAACCAAGUGAGCCAAGGGAAGCCAGUGGCCAAACAGAAACCACAGUUAGGUUUGCACCUCACUACCCAACUCCCUCAACCUCCUACCACCAACCACGUGAGCCAGGGGAAGCCAGUGGCCAAACAGAAACCACAGUUAGGUUUGCACCUCACUCCCCAACUCCCUCAACCUCCUACCACCAACCAUGUGAGCCAGGGGGAGCCAGUGGCCAAACAGAAACCACAGUUAGGCCAAACAAAAACCACAGUUAGGUUUGCACCUCACUCCCCAACUCCCUCAACCUCCUACCACCAACCAAGUGAGCCAGGGGAAUCCAGUGGUACCCAUUCUGACGAGCGUGCUGCUACAAAAGGUAGUGCGGUAGCCUCACCCACACCUGGCACAUCUUCAGUGACAUCCUCACCUUGCAGCGCACCUCAAGAUCUCAGUCCGUUGGCUGAACCCCUACAAAGCGACACCGCAAAAGAUUCAAGUACACGGCAGACCACAGCCUCUGCAUCUGGUAUUAGUCACAGGCGGGGACGUCCCCUAAAGCGAAGAACGCCUCGAACUGCUGCCCUCAUUCAUCAGCUUCAAGUAUCAAGGGAGCGCCUCCGACGUGCACUAUUUCGAAGCCGUGCAACCAUGCACUUUGGGGGCCUCACAAGAAGCCAGAUAGUGUUUGCAGCAUCACGGUGUUUGUCAAAACGUGCUCUCAGUCUAUUCCGUGUUCAGCUAUUUCUGCAGCCAUUGAACAAGUUUGGUCGGAGGUGGCCCCCCCAGUUUAGGAGCUUCGCGCUUAACUUGCAUUUCAAGGGUCCUCAAGCAUAUCACUACUUAAGUAAAGUGCUGGCAUUGCCAUCCGAGAGUUCCCUGAGGAGUGAGUUGGCUAAAAGACAUUGUUGUGGAACCUGGAGUCAUGCCUUCGGUCCUUCAAGGACUUAAGACAAGACUCCAAGGACUGCCUCCAAAAGAUCGUACAUGCACAAUGAUUUUUGAUUAAAUGUCCAUAAAAGAACCUUCAAUAAAAGUCCAUUCAACAGGAUGAUGAGGAUUAGAUUUGCUAUCAGUGAUUCCACCAAACAUAAGGAGUUACUAGAGUCUACAGUACAGUGGAUUGCACAGUGGAAAUUUGACAGUGAUAGGCAACCUCCUACUGUUAGGGGGUGCCAAAUCACAAUUUGUGCAGUACUUGCAUUGUGGGAGGGCCUUCGCCAAAAUUUUGGUUUUGAACAUCUGCUGACACGGCGGCUCAACCAGGACCCUGUAGAAAACAUGUUUGGUCAAUUCCGGCAAAUGCAUGGGUGCAAUGAGACACCAAACGCGUUUCAGUUCGUAGCAGGCCUCAAGCAUACCCUUGCGGGGAACCUCAUGAAGCUUCCAAGCAGAGGCAACUGUGAGGCUGAUACGACUGAACUUUUAAAUGAUCUGAUGCACAUGCCGGUUUCCUCAACUGCAAGCAGUUCUUAUAAGACUGCCGACUCCCAAGGGGUGCCUACAGUUGAUGAAAUGCAGGCUGAACAUGGUAUCCGUGAUGUGCAAGAGCCCGACAAUAUUAUUGAGGCUAAUGCACAGUAUGCACAUGCAGGGUCCUUGAUUCACUCUUUCUUGAAGAAAUCAGAAUGUCCCAACUGCCCAAACUUGUUGAAGGCUGCAGAUGAGGGGCUACUAAGGCCAGAAGGCUUGUACACUUACUUGCAAAGUGAAUCACAAGUGUCUGGCAGUACAUUUUGAGCCCCAUCAGAUGCCUUCUUUGCGUUCUUUUGCAAGUUAGAAAGCACAUUCUUACGAGAGGUUGCGAACGUCCUACACAGAAAAGGAGUAAAGCAGCGCCUCAUAAGUGCCUUCAUUGAGAACAGUCAUGAGCCUUUCUGUUGCGCAGCAUGUCACGCCCAUUUCUUAUCUUUUUUUGCCAUAAAGCGGAUGCAAUACCAUAUCAGACUUAAAAACAGAGAGUCUGCUGAGGCUGCUUACAGACGGUCAGAGCAGAGGAAACGAAAAAAGCUUCCAACGUAAUUGUAAUUUCAUCAGUAGCUUCAGACGAAUAGUAGAGCACAUGAAAAAAAAAACCCUUAUGAAUCUCACCCAACACUGUGUUGAUA